AUUGUAUUUUUCAUUCGCGGCCACGAACAUGCACCGUCGCGACCUCGAAUGUGUCGCGAGGAACAAGAAUAAUCAGGAUCAUCGUGACAUUGCUCGUCCCGUCCCCGCGAUAUUCUUACCAGCGAGUCAUUGAGCUUUUCUUUCUCUCUUCGUUUGUCUCGCGGGCAUAUAUCGAUUUGCAUAAAACAUAAGCCGCAUAGAGGCGACGAUGCAACGCCUUCGUUUGUUCACCGACGAGUCUCAUUGUCAUUGGGAAGAUGGUGAGUCCUUGUUAUCGAGGCGUGCAUCGCUAUUGCCAUGAGUAGGAAUUAUUAUGAUGAUUAUUAUUAUUGGAACAUCUUUAUCUUGCUUACAAAGCGACGUCUUGGAAGGUGUGCAUCUCACAGUUACGUUUCGUGAAAGAUGGAAAAAAGUGGAUAGCCGCGGCUCGAUGAAGGAUAGCUGCGUUAACUAUGCGAUCGGAACCGUGACGACUCGCACCGCGAAUAGAAUCGACGAUCACGUUCACGGUCAAUAUCGGCUAACUCCUUUCCAAGCUCUUAGACCGAUGUAUUUAUACCUUUUCGUUCGUCACGAAGGAUGCCGUGUCUUCGCGCGGAGAAUCUUUGUUGGGGAUUAACUUCGUGCAAACUUUGUUGUAUAACUCGUAAGCGCAGCGAGUACAAUAUAUACAUAUGUACACAUCGGUUUAUUGCACAACGCAAAUUAUCUACUAUGGUGUUGCGUGCAUUAGGCAUGCCUAAGCGAAGAUCGGCACGAAGAUUGAAUAGGUUCGGUAGGAAGUGGAGCGUGGACAGAGGCCCGUCCUUCUCGAUUUUACUGCUCCGACUGGAUCGGUUCGAGAAAUUGAAGUCGCUGGCAAAAUAGUCGCUCGAGCUUGACACGAAUUCGCGGUCCGUCGAAUACUUGAAAUGGAAUUGCACCGCGAGAAUAAUAAAAAUAAUCGUGUCGACUACUGGGUCGGAGAUUCAAAGGAUCGUCCUGUCUUGAAUGUCUGAAGGUGUACGAAGCACUUGUGCGGAAUAUCAUUUGCAAAUUGAAAGAGACUAGGAGAAAAGAUUGCAUCAAAGACGCAACGAUUCAUACCGAUUCCCUAAUGUAUCAGUGCCAGGCUAAGCGAUCAUCGAUAAAGAAGUCGUUCUAUUCGUAGAGGGCACACAACGUUGAAGCUGUGUUGUGGCGCGUUCGUGGUUUGCGUCUUGUCGUAUUGCACGUGUAGUCACUUUUUAAGCUGCCGUACGCAGGCAGCUUCCCGCAACCUACAUUUUCCAGGCCAAGGCUGAAAUGGAUUCGUUCGUUCCAUUAACCCUUCAACUCGUCCUUCGAUCCGACGACGGUUCUAUGCGCGAAAACAUAGCGAUCUCUGCUCUAGCGAUAGGAUCAAGUUCAAUUUGUACUCGUGAGUACGAAUCAGUUCCAAUACCAGAUGCGAUUGGCCAUGAACUCGCGGAACCUUAGCUUUCGGACCCCCAAGGAACUCCUCGCGCGUUCAUUUUUUAAUCGAAUUACCAUUCCAAGGUAGAUUGAUGCUUGAUCUCGUCGCUAGUAUUCUCGCGAAACGAUCGAUUCGACAAUUUUGGCAAACGUGAUGAGAGAAGGACGAAGGAUCAAGGAUGCCUCGAGACCGAGGGCAGGAUAUUGGGCGCGAGGAGAAUAAUGCCGAGGUAACCGACCCGGAGGACUAUGGAAGAAAUGAGCCAGAAGAAACGAGGGAAAACUCGAUGGUUUCGAGGCAGCAGGUUCGGAGGGAGGGAAAGGAAUUGGGCGGAAAGGAGACGAAACUGGUGAUAAUCGUGGGCUUGUUGACGGUGACCGUGGUUGCCUUGGUCGUAACGCUAACUUUACAGAUAGCAGUGUUCCGUCGGGAAGAGUACAAAGAGAUGUGCCAAAGCGAGGAGUGCGUAAAGACAGCCGCGAGGAUAAUAGAGGCGAUGAACAGGUCCGUAGAUCCUUGCGAUGAUUUUUACAAAUUCGCCUGCGGCGGUUGGAUCACGAAGAACCCCAUACCCCAGAGCCAAACUUCCUGGGACCAAUUGAGCCUUCUGAGAGAGGAGCUCCUGAAGAAUCUAAGGAUCCUGCUCGAGGAGCCCGACAACGAGGACGAUCCGAAACCGGUCAAGAUGGCCAGGGCUUUGUACAGAACUUGCUUGGACACUGCAAGCGUCGAAGCAUUGGGAUUGAAACCGGUCCACGAUACCUUGGCCAGACUCGGUUUGCCAGAAGAUCCACCAUCGCGAAGCAACGCGUCGCCUAUGGAUCCAUCGGAGAUCGCUGGAAAGACGCAAAGAGUCCUGGGCUUGGAUCUGUUUCUAAAAUUCUACAUCAGCGAGGAUGUUCGCGACACGUCGAGGAACAGGAUGAUGAUGGAACAAGCGUCUCCUGGAUUCAGCGAGCGCUAUCUUCUCGAUCCGCAACGUUUCCGAUCGGAAUUGAGCGAGUACAAGAAGUACAUCAAAGCCAUGGUCGAGCUGGCUGGCGCCGGGAACAAAAGUCUCAGCUUUGCCACUGAAAUAUUGGAUUUUAGUACGAAAAUCGCUAAGAUUAUGGCGACACCGGAGCAAAGACGCAGCGCUAAUCAUGUCUUCCACGACGUGACGAUCGACGAAUUGCAACAACUUACGGACUUGCACGCGCAACAGUGGAACUGGACAAAGUACGUAGAAGGUGUGUUCAACGAUACGAACGCGACGAUUAACACCGGCCUCGACCGUGUGAUCGUAAUGGAUCUACGCUAUUUACAGGAAUUACCUGAACUGCUUGCGAUCACGCCACCCGCUACCGUGGGGCGGUACGUAUGGUGGAGCAUCUACUCGACGAUCGCCCCGUUAACGUUGCAACGAUUUCGCGACCUAGGCUUCCAGUUCUCGCAAAAGGUUCUCGGUCUGAAGGAGAAGACCCCGAGAUGGAAAGCCUGCACUGGGAACGCGAACGCGAAUUUCGGGAUGGCUGUCAGUUAUGUUUACGCGCAGAAGCAUUUCAACGAUCGAGCUCGCGAAAAGGCACUGGAGAUGCUGUUGGAUAUUAAGGCCGCGUUCGACGAGAUGGUGUCUGAGUUAGACUGGAUGGAUGCUAGCACGAGAGCUAGAGCGCACCGGAAAUUGGAAGCCAUGAGACCCUACGUGGGGAUUCCCGAUUGGAUUACCAACGUCACGAAGCUGGAAAAAUAUUACGAAGGGAUGGAUAUCGUCCCUGGAAGAUUAUUCGACUCGUUUCUGAAGCUGACCGACGCGGGUAUGAAGAAAAGUUUGAAUGCCUUGAGGAAGAAACCAGACAAAAAUCGAUGGAUAUCGACGGGCACGGCGGUGAACGCGUUUUAUAGCGCGAUAUUAAACUCAGUUACUUUUCCUGCUGGCAUUCUGCAUCCCCCAUUCUAUGGCAACGGGCUAGAGUCCAUAAACUACGGUGCCAUGGGCGCUAUUAUGGGUCACGAACUUACUCACGGAUUCGACGAUCAAGGUCGCAGAUACGACGAGACCGGGAAUUUGAGGCAAUGGUGGAGUGCCGAAACAUUGCAACAUUACCUCAAGAAAGUCGAGUGUAUGAUCAAACAGUACAGUAACUAUCACUUGCCAGAGUUGGGCGAUAAUUUCACGAUUAACGGCAUUAACACGCAGGGAGAAAACAUAGCCGAUAAUGGCGGCAUACGGGAAGCGUACAGAGCGUAUAAACGAUUAGAAGCGAGAAAUGGCGGUGAACGAGUUCUACCUGGUCUCGUGGGAUAUAGUCACGAACAAUUGUUCUUCGUGGGUUUCGCCCAAGUCUGGUGUGGUAAUUAUACGAACGGCGCGCUAAAAUCUAAACUGGUGGAAGGAGUUCACGCACCUAAUCACUUCAGAGUGAUCGGAACUCUAUCGAACAACGAAGAGUUUGCGACUGCUUGGAGCUGUCCUGUCGGAAGUCCCAUGAACCCACCUCAUAAGUGUAUAUUGUGGUAAAUUACGCGAAUGAACGCCGCGCGUAAAAAACUCAAACAAACUUUUGUUGAUUUCGGUGAUCAUCCGUGUACACGUUACAGCUGUAGCGGUAAAGUUACAUUAAGACUGAUUCGUAGGUACUAGCGUGUAACCUAGAAUACGUUUAGAUCAUAUUUUUUAGCAGAAAUAACGAUCUGUAAAUAUUAUACAGAAUGAGAAUAAAAUUUUUUAAAUUUA